UUUCUAAAGCAACAGGUAGGUACCUAUUAUUCGUUUAAUUUCUUAACAUAUAGAUUUCCUUGUUCCGUGGUGGGACUAGAUGCGCCUUUCUACCUAGUAGGUAACAUGAUUAUUAAAAACGUGUUACCGUCUUUGUUACCUAUCGCAUGAUCUCUAACCUACCUAGGUACCUGACAAAUACUCCACUCUAGUCUAGAAUUCUUUGACGACGACAUCUUCGUCUUCCCAACCCUCGCUACAACCACCGCAAUUGUGCUCUCAAGUCUCAAGAUGACUUCACUCAAUACAUUCGAAUGUUUCAACCACCUCCCAAAAGAACUCCGUAUUCUAAUCUGGGAGUACCACUUUGAAAGUGCUCGUAUUCACGUGAUCCAUCCCUCCCCUGAGAGUCAAAUGCGAAAUCCAAAGAGGGAGGUUCUUCUAUUCUGCUGCACCGUUCUAGACUCGGCUACCAAUCUCGUCAUUCUAGAUGAGCGACCUCCGUCCCCAUUGAUCAACCAUGAGGCUUAUGAUAUAGCCCUCUCGUGCAAGCGUAUCUGGACACCCGUUAUUUUCGGCAAGGAUCUUGCAGAUUCAGUUACCUCAGGCCGAGCUCGCGUGCCUCUCCAAUUCGCUCUAACACUUGCUUCCAAUGUACCCGACGAGUGCAACGACACGCGGCCGCAAGCGCGCCCCGUCUAUGUUGACUGGGACCGCGAUAUGCUCUACCUCUGUGUCUCGAAUGCUGAGCAAGCGUUCUGGUCGAUGCGCUCCGUUCCCUGGCGAGACAGUGUGAGGAAAUUGGCCGUGCUCGUGCCACAGAGCGAAUUUGAUAGGGCCAUCCCGUUCGGUCCGACGGAUCCCAUCCGCGAAGUACUUGAAUCUAUGACGGAGCUCGAAGAAUUAUUCGUCGUGCUAGUUCCUCAGGCUGACGUUCUUGUCCCUGUUACUACCCCUACUUCUAAAGUACUAACUGGUCUUUCAAGAGAUGAGUUCGGCUUCGUUCCAUACGUCGAGUAUCUCAAGAAGGCUGGUCUCGCAAGCAACCAUAUUCUUUAUGCUCGCACGGCCAUGUCAUUUCGUGAGGCCUUGGUAGACUUGCCUAGGAAAAUUAAGCUCAAGAGAGUUGUCGACGUGGAUUGCCUUACUUGCUCUUUCGGCUACUAUCGACGCAGUCUCAGUCCGUAUCUUUAAACUGCAAAUAUUUGGACAUAUUUUUCAUUAUAGCGUCAUUUUGUAGCGCUAUCUGCCUUCAUCUAUAUGAUUGGUCUCAUCUUCCUCCUCUCAGCAUUUCCAAUGGCAUAGGACAUUGAGCACCUCCGGCCCUUGAUUAUAAGGGAAUCUAUCUAUAACCCCGACACAAGAACAUUCCCCAGACUACCUAGGUAUUGAAGCAUGAGCCCCCUACGUCCUAGGCCUAGAAGCUACCUCUUGCAAUCCAGGCACCCUUGUCUAAGAUUCAUACAAGUCAACUAUGCCACAUCCGAUGAUGACAAUGAAGAAGGAUUCGAUUGAGUCUAGUGGGCGUGCUAGGGAUAUCUACCUAGAGGUCUAUAUACUUUUAUAUUCAAUCACCCGAUGCCCGCCUGUGACGCGUGCGGCGACUGGAGUACCGGAAUAGAGCCAGUGUAUCGCCUGACAAAAGAAAUAUGCCAUAUCCGAGUAUAUACACAAGAACUCGCAUCGCUACGAGCGGAGAGAAUAGAAACCAGCAAGAAAUUCGG